GGAGUACCUGUUGAAAACUGAUUGCACAGAAAUUCCUCGGAUCAACAUGUUCAUGGCAGUGCCUACUAUAUAUGCCAAACUCAUUGAGUACCAUACCAAGUACUUCAGACAGAGCCAUGUAAAGGACUUUAUAUACAGUAUGUGCCAGAGCAACAUCAGGUUAAUGGUUUCAGGAUCUGCUGCUCUUCCUGAACCAAUACUGAAGAAGUGGAAAGAAAUCAGUGGCCACACGUUGUUAGAGCGAUAUGGAAUGACUGAAAUAGGAAUGGUUCUCUCCAAUCCAGUCCAUGGAGUCCGUAUCCCAGGAGCUGUUGGGACCCCUUUGCCUGGAACGGAGGUGCGCAUUGUGAUGGAAAACCCUACAAGGAAUCAUUCUUCCUACACUGUCAUCGCUGAGGGGAACAGUAGAGAAACUAAGGUGAAACCUGGAAUGGAAGGCAAGGAUGGAGAGCUGCUGGUUAAAGGAAAGUCAGUGUUUCGAGAGUAUUGGAACAGAACAAAAGAAACACAGGACUCAUUUACAUCGGAUGGUUGGUUCAAGACAGGGGACACGGUGUGUUAUAAGGAUGGGGUUUAUUGGAUCCUAGGCCGCAGUUCUGUCGAUAUCAUUAAGAGUGGAGGACACAAGAUCAGUGCCCUGGAUGUUGAGCGCCACCUUCUGGGACAUCCGCAUAUUUCAGAUGUUGCAGUUAUUGGUGCCCCUGAUAUGACCUGGGGACAGAAGGUGGUCGCAGUUGUACAGUUAAAGGAAGGAUAUUCACUAUCCCAGAAGGAGCUGAAGGAAUGGGCCAGGCAGUAUUUGGCCACCUACAGUCUCCCCACAGAGUUGAUCCUUGUGGAGGAAAUACCUCACAACAAUAUGGGAAAAGUGAACAAGAAAGAUCUGCUGAAACGCUUUUAUCCCACAACUAGCAAAUAGGCCGGAUUUCUCCAAGCCACAGUUUCUGCGUCUUGCUAUCUCAGCGUCACAACAUAGUGAAGAUCCAGAACCUUCUCAGAUCCCAUCUUGGUCUAAUCCUCUCCAGUCAUCAUUGAUAGGGAACAAAUAACAGAAUGGGAUCGUUUGGGGGCAGAAUGGUUGAACAGAGACUUGGUACCCUUAAUGGUAUCAGGUGGAGCACUGUCUAUUGGUCAUCUGUUGGUUGACCAGUUCAAAAUUGGGCUGUAGCCUAACUGCCAGGACAAAGACUUUUACCAUUAAAAAAGAAAUUUGAAUCUCU